AUGAAUCCUAUUAUAGGCACGCCUAUAUAUCAAAAUAUCCCUACUCGAGCAAGAUCAAAUCGCUCAAUUGACCCUUUUCUUAAUAAUUCUGCUAAAACCCUGCUAAGUCCAGAGCCUAAAACUACUAUGUUUAUUUCAGAAAAAGAACGUUUUGAGCGAGAUUUUGCAGCUGAAGAACGUAGGAGAAGAGAGCUAGAAAAUCAAAGAAAAAUGGAAGCCUUCAAUAAAAGAAGGGAAAAUGCUAUAAAUAGAGAAAUCAACCGUUGGGAAUCUUUAAAUCAAGAUUAUGCCAAAUCAAUCGAGAAGCUAGAAAUCAGAAGAUCGAAAUGGAAAAAUGGUCAAAAAAAUAACCCAAGCGAAGCUUUUAAUCCAAUUACUUUAGACUACGACCCAACAGACCAAGGAGAGUACUUAAAACGAAAAGAUGAUCUCGCAAAGCAGAGGGCUAUGAUGAGACUGUAUAACUUACUUCAUCUGCGAGCGAGCGAACAAAACCAUUAGAAAAAUCCUAUUUUUUGACCUAAAACCCACCUUCGGUGCAAACAAAAAUUGUUUUAAUAUAAAAAUUUUUAUGAAAAAAUACUUGAUAUAUAAAUAAUAAUUAUUAUAAUGAAAUCUCUAGCUAAUUCUGUUUAGUUUGUAUUUUAAAAAAUAAAUUUUACAAAUCAAUUAAUAUUUGCUUCGAAAAUAAAUUUUUACUAUAAAAUUUAUUUAUAAAUCAUUUAAAAAAAAUUAACCCCAUGAGCGGGCAAAAUAUUUUAUUUGCUCAUAGCGGGAGUUAGAUGCAAAAAGAAACUCAGCCUUUAACAUUUUAAAUGGCGCCCCAAGACAAGGACCUCCUUUACCUAGUUUUUAUUUAUAG